UUUGAGUCGCUGAAGUAUUUGGUUUGUGGCCAAUUACAGUUGCGUCACGUGACGUCUCUCCGUGACGUCAUCUCCGCGCGACUCCAUCUGACAGAUAGCUCCAUGUGAACAGCUUUCUGUAAUCGUUAAUUACAGGUUUGGCGUAAGAUGGUGAUGUCGGCUGCUGAAUUGUAAGAAUCCAUCGCUUUCCUUCCCUCCCGUGGCCGCCCCCUUGUCCCUCAGACCCGAUGGCCAGCCGCCUUUUGGGCAGAUAUGCCCGUCUGCUCUCCAGGGUCGCCUCCAAGACGUCAGCCGGUGCAGCCCGCCUGCCUCCGCCCGUAGCUGGGUGUGCAGGCGUAAAGAGGGCUCAGGGCUGGCCACGGGUCACAGAAAGGUCAAUGUGCGAGGGAAGGACAAUUAACAAGGAAGACCAGUUUCCAACAAUGCCUACGCAGACCCAGCUGGACGAGCUGUUGGACAAGGCGGUGGUGCCGGAGGACAUCCUGUUGGCCUGGGAGAAGCAUGGAAAGAAUGGAAAUCAAGCCGCCAACGCCCUGAUGAAGUGGACCGUGGCGGUGCUGAGGACAAAGGGCAAGUUUAAGGAAGAAAAGGCAGAACUGAUGAGCGAUCCAAGGAUACUGGAUAUGAUGAAUAUGAUAUCCCGGCAGGUGUCUGCGGUGUGGAAUGGCAAUCUAGUGGCCCUCCUGCGAGCUUUGUGGAUCAUCGGUUUGCCCCCCACCGAUUCAGUACUCAAUUCUGUCCAGACUGAGGUUCUCUGGCGAGUCCGCAGGCUAACCUACAAGCAGUUGGGCUAUCUGGCAGAUUGGGGAGCAAGCAGGAAAGCACAGCAGGAUGUGGCAAUAGUGAAUGCUGCAUUAAAACAGCUGGAACUGCGUUGGACUGAAAUUGCUGAUGCUAAAACUGUCAGUGCAUUGAUUUCGAAUGGACAACGAAUGUCACCUACCUUGAUAGACCGACUCGAAGACAAGGCUUUGGAGCUUGCAGAGGGCUUUUCAGCAGAGGAGAUCCGCAAAACCUGUGUGUCUUUGGCAGCUCAGGGCCGCAGAUCGGUCCCGCUGCUCAGAGCUUUGUCCUACCACCUUCUCCAAAAGUCAUCGUCGGAGUUCCCCACUCCUCUCAUACUGGACAUGGCUUUUGCUUACGGGAAGUUAAAUUUCCACCACUCUCAGGUAUUUCAGCGAAUGGCCUCCGAGUUGUUACCCAGAGUCCCUGAGGUCAGCUCCGCCGACGUCACGCGCUGUGCUAAAUCACUGGGCUUCCUUAAAUGGCUCCACAUCCCGCUCUUUGAGGCCUUUGCUGAGCACUUCACUGAAAACCAUCAGAAGUACAGCGCCCUUCAGCUUUGUAAUCUGCUCAUGACCUUUGCCAGACUGAGCUUCCAGCCCAGCAAAGGAGAAGAGUUCUUUAGCAAGGUUCACUAUGUGCUGGAGGGCUCUCUCUCUGGGCUGGAGCCCUUCUUACAGACGGAUGUGGUUUGGGCUUUAUGUGUGCUGCAGCAGACCAAGCCCCAUUACCUCAGCCCCCUCCUGCAACAGAAUCACGUUACCAAACUGGCCGUGGGCAGUCCAGCUCGGGUGGAGAAUUAUCAGCUGAAGCUCCUCCAUGUUGCUGCUACACUCCACUUCGAGCACCAGUGUUCCUUAGAUACUCCCUUCUCCCUGGAGGCCCUGUCUGUUCCAGUCAAGAGCUCCCACCUCUCUCCCCUGCAGAGCAGUCUCAGAGGGAGUUUACAUAGUCUGGUCGGUGGGAAGACAGAGGCCCUUCGCACUGGCGUUGGCACUGUUUACGGAUGGACUAUUGAUGGUGAGAUGGUGGUGGAUUGUGACAACAAACCAGUUGACAUGUUGAUGCUGAGAGCCCCCCACCUUCCCAGUGGAGGAGGAGACCAGGCUUUACCUGUAGGGGCACAUCGACUUGCUUUCUUAGCCUGGGACUUUUCAAACUUUGGCUCAAAGAGUAAAGACCUUCUGGGACGGUUUGCCAUGAUGAAACGACAUCUCCGGUUGGCUGGUUUCAUCACAGUGGAGGUGCCAUAUUACGAGUGGCUUGAGCUGAAGACAGAAUGGCACAAGUUGGCGUACCUGAAGGAUAAGAUGGGGAAGGCCGUGGCCGAGGACAUGGCCAAGUGAACCAAUCGGUGUUGCAGACACAGCUGAAUCAGAGCUUUCCCCGUCAAAUGGGACCACAUGGGGAAUACACACACCCACAUUCACACUCAGAGAGAAGCAGCAUUGCAGAAAAAGCUUUCAUACUUGUCAGGAAAAAAUAUUUACACUCUGGUUUCCUUGGCAACGUGUGGGGCUUUCCCUGUUUCCAUGGUUAUGGCGAGCAAGGCUUUUGGAGCCAGAGAGAGACAGAAAUGAACGCAAAAGAGCGUCCUUAUGUAGAAAUGAUAUGAUCGACAACGACUGAGUCUUUGCUUUUGGGUGUGACUUGAUGUCUAACGGAAGCAGCUAAGCCAUUUGUAUAAUUUUGGCCACAACAUCAUGCUUGUUAUGUGAAUAGAUUGGAAUCACUUAAUAAUCAGUGUGUGUGUGUGUGUGAUCCUGUAAUGGAAUAAAUUGUUUUAUUGCCAUUUUA